CAACAUUUGAAAAGUAGUAUUAAAAGCGAAACUUUUUAUAAAUAAUUAUUAAAUUUACUUCAAAAUCAAGUCAUGACUGAAGACUUGGCUAAACGAGUGGCUGCUUAUAAGGCGGUCGACAAUCACGUUAAGAAUGGACAUAUUGUGGGCAUCGGUAGCGGGACCACAAUAAAACACGCCAUCCGUCGCAUCAAACAAAACCAAUUGGACGUCAAGUGUAUAGCAAUUAGUCUAGAAGUCAGUUAUUUAACACUUAAUACGAGAAUAUUCUGA